AUGGCUGAGAACGAAACUGACGCUGGAUUUCAAAGUAAUGGGACCGAACCCACGGACAGGAAAACUGCAAUCUUUGAUAUUCACACAUUAGUUCCGGUCACAAUCAUCUGCAUUACGCUCUUUCUUUUAGGGGUGACGGGCAACUUGAUAACCAUUUUAAUCUUUAAGAGGUAUAAAGACAUGAGGUCCACAGUGAACAUGUACCUCUCCAGUAUGGCAGUGUCGGACAUCCUGAUUUUUCUUGGCGUGCCAUUUGAUUUAUACAGAAUUUGGAAAUAUAGACCUUAUAUCUUUGGGAAUUUUGUCUGCAAGUUUGGAUAUUACCUGAGUGAGAGCUGCACCUACUGCACAAUUCUUCACAUCACCACUGUAAGUGUAGAAAGGUAUCUUGCCAUUUGUUUCCCCCUUAAAGCCAAAAUCAUGAUCACUAAGAAGAGAGUGAAGAUCAUCAUCAUAUUCUUGUGGAUGAUUGCCUUCAUUACUGCCGGACCAAUAUUGUUUCUGUUUGGAGUAGAACAUCCUUCUGGAACUCAACCGGAGGAAACCAAGGAAUGCACUACCAUGGAACAUGCCAAAUUUGGCCUUCUUUCUAUGACCUGGGUGUCAUCCAUUUAUUUUUUCAUUCCUGUCUGCUUUCUGGUAUUGCUUUAUGGUCUAAUCUGUAGGAAGCUUUGGAAGAACAAGCAUGGAAUACAGGGUCCUACUGCGGCCAAUAGAGGGAAGCAACACAAGCAGACAGUGAAAAUGUUGGCUGUUGUCGUGUUGUCCUUUGUGUUGUGCUGGCUGCCCUUCCAUAUUGGCCGGAUCUUGUUUGCGUGUGUUGGACUAGGACAAAAAGACAUCUAUCACCUCGCACAGUACUUAAACCUCAUCUCUAUGGUUCUCUUUUACCUGGGUGCCUCAAUCAACCCCAUGCUGUACAACAUUAUGUCGCAAAAGUACAGGGCUGCCAUGACUAAAAUCCUCAGUCCAAGGGAAGAUCCACAAUUUAGGAACAUGCCAAGGAGCGAGCUGUCUUCUCUAGAGGGGACAGAGGUCACUUCUUUCAUGACGCUCAAGUCCAUCGAAACUGAGAAGAUUUCUGGGUGACCACUGUUGAAGUGAAGUGUUGCUGUUUACUGAUUUG